AUGAAAUUUUUCAGCCGUGACCUUGAUAAGUUGAAAGGACCCCUUGAUGGAAUCCUCACUGAGGUAACUACUUUUAACCAAGGUGUUGAUCCACCUCUUGUUGCGCCAUCAUGUACUAUAGGUCUAACACAAAAGGAUAAAACAGUCUAUCUCAACACUAAGGGAGUCACAAACCUCAACACCAAAGAGCCUGCAACCAACGAUCACUUGUACGCCUUGUUUUCCUGUACUAAAUCAAUGACAGUUAUGGGUGCAUUAAUCUUGUACGAAAGAGGCCAAUUAGAUUUAGAUGCCCCAGUGUCGAAAUAUAUCCCUGAAAUUUCAUCAGUUGGGGUUCUUGAACCAGGAAUCAUUGAUAAAAAAACAGGUGAGUUUAAGAAGCCAUUGGAACCACCAAAAACUCAAAUUACUGCUCGGCAUUUGAUGACGCAUACUGCUGGUUUCUCCUACGGAUUUAUUCACCCUGACUAUUUUACAUUGAUCACAAAAGGACAACCAAAAUUGGAUGCCUCAAACCCCACACUUGAGUUUUUUUUGAAAAAGGCACCAUUAGUUUUUGAGCCAGGAUCUAACUGGAUGUAUGGUUACAGCAUUGACUGGUUGGGGUUUGCUAUUGAAAAGAUAUCGGGUCAGAAAUUGGGCGAGUUUCUAAAGAAGGAGAUUUUUGACCCUGUUGGUAUGGCUUCAUGCACGUUUCAUAAAAAGGAUUAUAACAAUAUGAACCGAGUCCAUUACAGGAAACAGGACGCAUCGUUGAAGUUGCAGGAAAAGUUUGGCUUGCCCUUGGACCCUAACUUGGAUCUAGGAGGCCAAGGUUGCUUCGGAACUGUUGGCGACUACUUGAAAUUUAUGCGUGUUUGGCUAAAUUUUGGGUACAGUCCUGAUGGGGAUAAACGUAUCCUAUCGCAAAAGACAGUUGAGUACGCGGUGCAGAACCAUUUACCCGAAAAUGUCGAGUUGGAAUUUAUUGGAUUGGCCCAUAAUUUUGUUGAUGAUGAUGCACCUGAUAAGAAACAAGAUGGAUGGACCCUUUCUGGAAACGCAUACAAUGCCAAUAAAUUACCCAGUGGAAGACCCCUGGGAACUUUGUACUGGGGCGGAUUGGCAAACUUGCUGUACUGGAUUGACUUUAAAAAUGGAAUUGGUGGCUUUUAUGCGGUGCAGGUAUUUCCCUACAUGGAUGAGUAUGUUGUUCCAUAUAUAGCUAAAUUUGAGUACGAGGUUUAUAGUGUCGUUGAUGGAGAAAAUGCUUCAGCAAAGCUAUAG